AACUCUGGACCUGAUGUUAGCUGUUAUUCCUUUAGCUCACCUAGUAAAGUACAAGCCUGCAUGUGACAGGUCUUGGAUUUCACUUUGUGGACAUCUUUGGUCAGUGCUGUUAAUUUAGGAAAAUCAUGUAUGCUUGUGCUCAGUAUGCUUGCCCUCUGACAAGAACAAUGGUCUUGUCUGGGUCCCGAAGUCUGUUGAGGCCAUUAACAGUUCUCAGUCAAGAGGUGCAAAAUAAAAACUUGUCCUCCAGUAGUAGAGUAACCGGAACUGCCAGCUCAUACCCAAUGUUCACACAGAUUAUAAGGACACUACAGACUUCAGCAGUACAAAAAGAUAUUGACUCUGCUGCCAAAUUCAUAGGAGCUGGUGCUGCCACUGUUGGUGUUGCUGGAUCAGGAGCUGGUAUUGGCAGUGUAUUUGGUAGUUUAAUCAUUGGCUAUGCCAGAAACCCAUCACUGAAACAACAGCUUUUCUCUUAUGCUAUUUUGGGCUUUGCCCUUUCUGAGGCCAUGGGCCUGUUUUGUCUGAUGAUGGCUUUCUUGUUGCUAUUUGCUUUCUGAAAAGUAUUCCACCCACAGAUAAGAAGAGGUUGAUGAAAGUAGUGGUUUGAUGAGGACCUGUUGUCAAUCUGCAAUGGAGAAGCUUAGUUGUAAAACUACUUUCACUUACCUUUUCAUUAAUGUAGGAAUAAGAGGGAGUUUGUAACAUCCAUAGAUUAUAGGAUUUGAAAAUAAUUAUGUAAGGUUUCAGUAUAAAAAUUUGUAGGUGAUAAGAAAAAUACUGUCUGUAAUGUUACAUUUCAUUGAAUAAAAUAUGAAAAUAUUAUUUGA